UUGAUUGCGGAGAUGGGAGGAUCCACGGUCCGAGUUGGAAGAAAACAGAUUACUUCUUUUGCCCGAUGUUAACAUGUGAUGAUGCCAACAGUUUUGGUUAAUUCCUUUUCUUUUGACUCUCUUGAAAACGUUUCAGCGAUGGGUCUGGGCUGCUGCGUUACUGUCUAAGACUUACAUCACUGUUUGACAGAAGAAGGCGUGUUGAGUAAAGGAAAGUGGACGGAUGGAAAGACUAUUGCUUUGUGGCAAUGGCAGGCAGAGAUGAAGUAGAACUACUUCUACUACUCAAAGGAACUGUGGAGGGGCUGCUCAUAUCUCAGGUGGCCAAUGUGUGGUCCAUUUACGGAGGCCUCAACCGCCUCCAUUGUGCCAUGGAGAAAAUAUUCAAGCAUGGUUACCAGGUAUAUCAAGAGGGUGAACCAGACUUGUGGGUAUUCAUCAAUGGCUUAAGUUGGUUACAACCAAACUUAGCCACAUCUCCUACAGUGGUCUUAGAAUCUUACAAGGAGUCAUCACAUGUGCCACAACACAUUAUUAGUGAUAAGGCCUUAACUUGGUUGUAUAAAAGUCUUGAAACACACACACUGUCACAAAAGUUGUCAUGGCUUCUCUCUGACCGUGAACACCUUCUGUCUUGUUACCAAAGUAAUGCAUUCCUUAGUCAAGAAAAAUUUGGAGAAGCUGCUUUAAUAUGCUUACGUGCUGUGGAGCAUAAUCAACCUACUCUUCUUACUGAAAUUAACCCUUGCUUGUACAUGACAAAAUGGAACCCCAAAGUGCUCAAGACUCAUCGACGGUGCUCAUCAUAUCCAGAAACACUGGAACGUAACUCUUUAUGGGCUAAAGCUAAGACUACUAUGGAUAUUAUUGACAGCCAAUGUGAAGAAGGUCCUGAACUAGAUGAGUCACAAACAGUUGAGGAACCAGCUACCCCUAUUAGUAAAUGUGAAAUUGUCCAAGAAUCUGAGAAGACUGAUACCUUACAUAAUGUAGAAGAUCCUUCUCCAACUGUCAAGCAAUCAAAGCCUACUGAGGUGGUAGUGAGUGUUACUGAACCAAAGAAUGGGUGCUCCAAAAUUAGUUUUGAUAAAAUCAAAGCAUGGAGUAGUUUACCUAGUCUUCUGGGUGCAACGCUGUGUGGUGACAGCACUGAAAACUCGGAAAAUGGUAUGAUAGUUACCAGAAAAACAUGGAAUCUUACUCGAAGUAACAGUUCCAGAUCCACCAAAGGACAUGGUGGCUCACAGACGUUGCCAUCUACUCCAUACCGUUCUGUGAAGGAUAUCAUAACCACUCCUAACCGAUCUUCAACAGUUGAAAGUAAACUUUUUGCUUUAGAUAACUCUGUUGGAGUGUCAAAAUUAUCACCUAGUGUAAUUCAGGUGGAUUACUCUGGACUUCAGCAUUCAGAUUCUCCUGAUGUGUCCAGACAGAGCCGACAAACUAUUAGUAAGAAGGUUCACAUCAAUAAGCAAGUGUCAGCAAAAAGUGUAGUUAAAAAUUUGGAGAAAAAGAAAAGUAGAGCAGCCAGGGACGAAUCUACACCAAUUAAAAGCAAUAUCUGUGAAGAAACAAAAUUGUCAAAAUCAACGAAAUCAAAUAAAUCUGAUUCUGAUUUAAAGACUCAGUUGCAGAGCAAGGAUUCUGAAGUUCCUCCUAAAAUGACUCGUUCCAUGACAUGCGACAGAAUUAUUCCAUGCAAGUCUCCACCUGUACUAUCCCCUACUGACAAGAGAAGACCAGGAUCUGCCACUAACUUGUGGGAAGGGAGCAAGGGAUCUUCUCUGAAUAAUUCUGGUACUCCAUUAAGUUGGUCACGGAAAAGCUUUAUGGAAGAUGGCGGAAAUAGUGUUCAGCCCAUGUCUACAGGAUACUUCCCGCGACCGGUGGAAGGUCAAAGCCUCUUUUCCUUUCUUUCAUCUGGCCAAUUCUCUAGGGCAAAUGCUGAACUAGACAGAGAAAAUGCUCACUUUAGCAUAUCUGAGGCAAUGAUUGCUGCAAUUGAACAGGUCAAAUGUAAUAAAGAGGUCCAAACAGCUCCAGCCCCAGAAGAUGGAGCAGACGAGUCUGAUGAGGAAAUAAUUCAGUUGAAACAGAGACUUCGACUUCGACGACAUCAGCGCCAGGAAGAGCAAAGACGUCUCAUCCUGGGGGUCGCUCUCUUGAGUGAUGGGAAAACAGACACAACAACAACAGACCAAAGUAUUAGCCCACUAUCAACGCCGCCUGGCACACCUUCAGAUAGUAUGUCCACUGAUGGAGUUGAGGACAUGGAACUUGAUGAUUCCCAAAGUAUAUCUGUGUUAAAAGAUUCUGGUCUUUCUGUAUCUAUGGCAUCAUUAUACUCUGAAGCUGAGCUUUCGAAAAAUACUAUCACUGAAGAAUCUGUGAAUGCCACUCAAGAUUCAAACUGGUCUGCUGAGAGUGUAGCCCUUUCACUUAUCAGUCAGUUCAGUGAGAAACAGCUUCCCAGAGCAUCAGAUUUGAAGUGGUUAGUUUCUGAACAGGAGACAGAUCAACAGCUACUUCCGUUACCUAAUAGCUGGCCAGUGAGUCCUGAUGAUGUGGUGGAUGAUGAUAUGCGUCAGGCAGCCACACCCUUGCGUGGUAAUAUGGAGUGGGCACCUCCACGCCCACAAUUAAUUUUUACUGUUCAUCCAAAUCCUGUGAGACGUACUCUCAUGGCAAAACAGAGUUACCGCUGUGCGGGCUGUGGAAUGAAAGUUGCUCCUUCAUAUGCCCAUCGCUAUCGAUAUUGUGAAUAUUUAGGUCGUUAUUUUUGUACUGGAUGCCAUUCAAACCAGACUGCUAUUAUUCCUGCCCGUGUUCUGACCAAAUGGGAUUUCAAUAGAUACCCUGUUUCAAAUUUCUCCUACCGUUUGCUUGAUUCAAUGUUUAUGGAUCCAUUGUUUAAUGUGGCUGCAUUGAACCCUGGUCUCUAUCGGAAAGCUAGAUCUUUAGAGCGGUGCAGGAAAUUCAGACAGCAGUUAAACUACAUGAAAGAUUUAAUUUUCAACUGCCGUCAUGCUAAAGAAUUACAGGAAGUUCUUGAAAGAGAAUCACAUUAUAUGUUCUCCGAAGUUGAUGUCUAUUCAAUGGUGGAUUUUGAACAAGUAAAACAAGGUGAACUUGCAUCUCGUCUUCAAACUCUUCUUGCUCUUGGUAAUGAGCACACAUCACAAUGCGAGCUUUGUCUUGCUCGUGGCUUUGUAUGCGAACUAUGUUCAUCGAAAGAGAUUAUAUUUCCAUGGCAAAUUGCCCGAGUGUCACGCUGUGGAGAUUGUGGUGUGUGUUAUCACACAAGAUGCCUGUCCUCAUCGUGUCCGCGCUGCAAACGAAUUUCAGAACGAAAAAAGAAAUAUGAAGAAGCUAAGCUAGUUGAAGAAGACACUGAUACAGGGUUAAGCACCCCCUAAAUUUAGAUGGUACGACAAAAUUCAUUAACAAAUUUUGUAACUUUUUAGAAUUUUCUACCAUUUUAGUACCUGAAUUUCUCAAGUCAGCCUUCUACAUCCUUUUUCUGAUUGGUAGCUUUUUACCUUUUAUUGAAAUUUGCUUUUACCACUGCCUUGCAGGCUUAGAAGAAUUUUACCUUGUUCACAUGCUUUUAAAGUAUGAUUUCAUGACUGGUGAUUUAGCUUUACUAUCUAUGCAUUGUAAAGUACAUAGGUGUGUCUGCAACAUUAUCAGAGGCACCUAUAAUUGAUUUUUUUAAAAAGUAGUGCUACACAUACUUACGGCUCAAUUUCUGUCCUUCUUGUGAUAUGAUCUGUCCAAAUAAUUAUGAAUUAAUGAAUUAAUUUACUCUUAAACUGCUAUUUUUAAUUAUGUACUGUCACUUAAUGAUGGUGAUGUGAUCUGCUAAUUUUAAGGUAGAGGAUUUUUUUACUAAUGAUUUAUUGUACUGAUAAUGUUCUGGGGCCAUCUUGAUAUUGCUUGGUCUAACAGCUUAUCAUUAAGUCUCAUUUGCACAGUUAUCUUCUUGUGCACCCAAGAUUAUCAAUUUUUCAAAAUUUUACACAAUUUUUAAAGUUAUCUUGAAGCUGUUGAAGACUGAUGAAAUGCUCUUAACACAUGCAGUAUAGAGAAUAAUUUACCCCUAUGCUUUUAUGUGAGCGUAUGAUACCGGGGCUCUUGUGACCACUGAAUGUGGUUAGUAAUCCUAUAGCUAUUGUCAAAUAAGUAUUGUAUUUUGAUGCCUAUUUUUAUUAAACAUAUUUGAUAUGUACUCUUAGUGUUAAUAUGAUACAGUAAAACACUGUUGUUGGAUGAACAUCUUUUAAUAAAUGGUGUCAAACUAA